AUGGCUUCGUCUGCGCCACAGGGAUCUGUUGAUCCUCUCACCGGUAAAGAUCCGGCGAAGGCGUUAACUGCUGUAGCGUCUAGAUUCUUCGAUAAUGUGAAGAAAAACAAGCAAAGCUUCUUUCAGUUGUUCGCCAUGACUGGGAUUUUGCUUUUUAGCUUCCGAUCCUUAAGUCAGAAGUACCGAAUUCACGAUCUGGAGGAAGACACGGAUGUUCUCAAGAAGGAGAGAGAUAGUUUGACGGAUCGUAUGAGUAAAAUCAAGAGCGAUCUUCUUCAUCAAGCGUCGAUUGACUCUACCGGCGUCUUUGCUUCUCGACUCCGACUACUCUUCGGUGACGAUAAAAAGUGA